AUGACUGAAACCGCCAAACCUGACGGCAUCUUCUCGAGGCUCAGGACCACUGGUCUGGAGCUCAGGGAGAAAUUGAACCACGAGAGCCUUCACGAUGCCAAGGUUGCCCUCAUACACAGAAAGCAUGAAAUUGGGAAAUUCGGGAACCUGUUCAACGCAAACCACCGCCAUGACGAAGAGCACGAAAAAGCCACCGACGAAAAACGGACCCGAAUGUCUCAAGCGAACCGCUACGAGUCUUACUUCCCCGAACGCGACGGAAACAUCGUGAAAUGGUACGUCGACGGCCGCGACUACUUCUGGGCCGUCUCCGAGGCCCUCGACAAGGCCAAGGAACUCAUCUACAUUGCCGACUGGUGGCUAAGUCCCGAGUUCUUCCUCCGCCGACCGCCGCAGGCUAAUCAAGAAUGGAGACUGGACAACGUUCUCAAGAGGAAAGCUGAACAAGGGGUCAAGAUUUACGUCAUUGUGUAUCGGGAGGUCGAGGCGGCGUUGGCGUGUAAUUCGCUCCAUACGAAGCAUGCCCUUACCGAAUUGUGUCCGAAAGGAAGCCCCGGGUACGGAAACAUUCGAGUUAUGCGACACCCGGAUCAUAACGUAUUUGAAAAUGUGGCCGAUAUGACUUUUUACUGGGCUCAUCACGAAAAGUUCAUCAUCGUGGAUUAUGAGCUCGCCUUCAUCGGCGGCUUAGAUCUCUGUUUCGGUAGAUGGGAUUUGCACCAGCACCCUCUCGCCGACUUGCACCCCGACGGUGUCGCCAACUCCAUCUGGCCCGGCCAGGACUUCAACAACAACCGCGUAAUGGACUUUAAAAACGUCGCGGACUGGAAAGAGAACGAAUUAAGCAAGGCAGAGCACGGUCGCAUGCCGUGGCACGACGUCUCCAUGGGCGUUAUUGGGCCUUGCGUCUACGAUAUAGCCGAGCAUUUCAUCCUGCGAUGGAACUGCAUCAAGCGAGACAAGUAUAAGCACGAUGACAGGUACGAUUGGCUCGAGCUGCGCGGCCGUCAGGAGGACGAAGACCUCGUUGGUGUGCAGAGGCCCAAGCAUCCAGUCGGAGAGUACAUACUGCACCCCAUCACUCCCCUCGAGACCAAGAACCUCGACAAGCGGGGAACCGUCCACGCGCAGAUCGUCCGAUCAAGCGCCGACUGGUCCAGCGGCAUCCUGACGGAACGCUCGAUCCAGAACGCUUACUCGGACAUCAUCCGCAAGGCGCAGCAUUACGUGUACAUCGAGAACCAGUUCUUCAUCACGGCCACGGGCGACAAGCAGGCGCCAGUGCACAACACCAUUGGCGCCGCCAUCGUGGACGCCGUUCUGCGCGCCCACGAGGAGCGGCGCAAGUUCCGCAUCGUCAUCUUGAUCCCCGCCAUUCCGGGCUUUGCGGGCGAUUUGCGCGAUGAUGCGGCGACGGGCACGCGGGCCAUCAUGCAUUACCAAUACCGGUCCAUCUGCCGCGGCGAAGAGUCCAUUUUUGCCAAAAUUCGGGCCGCGGGCGUCGAGCCCGAGAAGUACAUCUUCUUCUUUAAUCUGAGGUCGUACGACAGACUUGCUAGGACGGCCGCCAUCGUCGAUAUAGAGAAGGAGACGGGCAUCAAAUACCAAGAGGUCCAGCGCGGUCAUGCCGAGGAGCUCAUGGGCGAGGCGAUCCACCAGCGUGAGGGAGAGUCCGACCGUAGGAGGGAAGGAUCCCCGAGCCGGAGACACCAGCGCAAAGCAGCCGCCGCAGCCGAAGCCGAGGAGAAAAAAGAAGGCGGGCAGGCCGUAGCGGCUCGGGAUAAAUUCGAGGAGGCCCUCGCGAAACGCAGGAAGAACGAGACGCGCAAAAUUUCCCCCUCCGUCGCGCACCAUGCCAUGUCCGGCACAGGCGGCGGCGAAACCCUCCUCGUCGAACCAUGGGACGAAAACGCAGAAGAAGGCGUCGAGGUGAUGAACUGGAUCCAAGAGGAGCUAUACAUCCACUCGAAACUCCUCAUCGCCGACGACCGCAUCGUCAUCUGCGGCUCGAGCAACCUCAACGACCGGAGCCAGCUGGGCAACCACGACAGCGAGCUAAGCAUCGUCAUCGAGGACACGAAUCUUAUCGACAGCACCAUGGAUGGAAAAUCGUACCGGGCGGGCUGGCACGCCGCCACGCUGAGGCGGUAUCUUUGGCGCGAGCAUAUGGGGCUCCUGCCACCGCAGGCGCUCGAUGCCUCGAAGGAUGUGAAUGCGAGGCCUCCUGGGGAGGCGUGGGGGAAUGAUCCGUGGGAUCGGGAUGAUAGCUAUUCAUUUGUGGAGGAUCCGUUGAGUGACGAGUUGUGGAAGGAGUGGACGGAACAGGCGACGACGAAUACGGAAGUUUUUAGGCAUUUGUUCCACGCGGAUCCUGAUGAUCAUGUCAAGAAAUUUGACGACUAUGAUAGGUACAUGGCGCCGAGGGGCGUGAAGCCGGGCCACAUUUUUGACCAGUUCCUGCCCGUGCAGGAUAUCAAGGAGAAGUUGGCCAAGAUCAGGGGACAUCUCGUGUGGAUGCCCUUGAAGUUUUUGGAGGAGACGGAGAUGGCGGAGAAGGGGUUGCAGGUGAAUCAGUUUACGGAGAGUGUUUAUACAUGA